UUAAGGUUCUCCUUUCGAUCUUUAAUAACUCGUAUCAAUAUUUUGUUAAUAUCAAAUAAUCAUAUAAAUAAUUUAUUCAGAAACUCUUGUGAAUACAGCAAUUCUCAGCUGAAAAGAUGAAGUUCAUUUGUUUGACUUUGCUGAUUAUGAGUGGAAUUACAGAUUCAAUAUCAGAGCGGUAUGAAGUCAUGGGAUCUUCAGAUCCUGUGUUUGCUGUAGCUGGUGAAGAUGUGAUUCUGCCCUGUUCAGUCAAACCCAACAUCAGUGUUGUGGACAUGAGAGUGGAGUGGUUUAGAUCUGAUCAGAAAGAUACACAAGUGCAUCUUUAUGAGGAUCAUGAAUACAGAAACAGAGAUCAGAGUCAGUCCUACAGAGAGAGAACAAAACUGAAUCAUCAAGAACUACAGAGAGGAGAUGCAUCACUCAAACUCUCAUCAGUCCAAGUCUCUGAUGAAGGACUUUAUAAGUGUUCUAUUCAGUCCAAAUCCUGGUAUGAUGAUACCACUGUUGAUGUCAGAGUUGAGGCUGUAGGACGUCCUCCAGUGAUCGUUGUAGAUGGGUUUGAUCAUUCAGGAGGGCUUCAUCUUCAGUGUGAAUCUGAAGGCUGGUAUCCUGAACCUGAUCUUGAGUGGCUGGACAGUAAAGGAGUCAGUUUGAGUUCAGAAACUACAGAGACAGUCAGAAACACAGACAGAUUCAGUGUGAAACACACCACUACUGUACAUCACAGUGACGACAAGAUUCACUGCAGAGUCAGACUGAGACAUCACAUGCUGGAGACACAGAUUAUCAGCUCAAGUAAUAUGUUUAGUUCUUGGAGGACAUCAGUCGUCAUGAUUUCAGUUGCUGUUGUGCUCAGUGUGAUUGCUGGAAUACUGAUAGCUGUGUUUGCUCGAAAAAACAGAGAUCACGAUCGACUACAUGAUGAAAAGAGAAGACUACAGAAUAAUCACAGUCAAUUACAGAAUGAGAAGAGAAGACUACAACAUGAACGUGAUCAACUUUUACAACUCCUGAAGACAAUCAUACCUAAAGCUCUCACACAUUUAAGAACACACAAGGUGAAUGUGAUUCUGGAUGCUGAUACGGCUCAUCCACGUCUCAUCGUGUCUGAUGAUGGGAAACAAGUGAGAUGUGGAAACAGAGAAACAGAAAGAGUGGAUGGAGGAAAAGAAAGAUUUGAUGAAUAUCGUGGUGUUGUUGGGAAGGAUGGAUUCUCCUCAGGGUGUUUUUACUUUGAGGUGCAGGUGAAGGGACAAACUAAGUGGUAUUUAGGAGUGACCAGAGAAUCUGUGAACAGAAAGGGGUCAAUUAUCCGGAGUCCUGAGAAUGGAUACUGGGCUGUGGGUUUGUUUAAUGGGAAGUAUGGGGCUCGUGUGUCUUCACAUGUCUCUCUUUCUCUUAGUGUGAAGCCUCAGAGGAUCGGUGUGUUUGUGGAUUAUGAGAAGGGUCUCGUCUCCUUUUGUGAUGUGGAGUCCAUGUCUCAUAUCUACUCCUACACUAAUCAGUCUUUUAAUGAGAAAAUCUAUCCAUUUGUUAGUUUGGGGUAUUUGUAUAAUAAAAACCCCACUCCACUCAUUAUCUGUGAUGAUUACUAAUGAGAUCAGUGACUGAAUUUACAUUGAAAUCAACCAAAAUACAAUUUAAACAGUGUAAUAGCAAUGAAUAUAAAAUAUUAUUUGCACUUCCAGUCAAAAAUAUGGCCACACAAGGUUGAUUUUAUGUUUUCUGUGAUCUUUAAAUGCUUUGGUUUUAAGACGUCUGCUUUAAAUGUCUGAAAUGACUUCUGUAAUUAAAUGUAAAUAAUGCCUAUAUGUACAUAUGAAUUUCUUUAUAAGACAGAGGUUUUACUUUAUGAUGAAUAAUGAAUUUGAUCUGGAGCAGAUGAUGAAUGAAAAGCAUAAAGAAGAGAUCAUUGUGCAGUUAACUGUUUCUCCUUCAACACUUUUUACUGUUUGUUGAUGAAUGUUUUUAAUUUGAUUUUUUUAUUAUAAUUAUUAAUUUGAUUUCUCGUUGAUUUUGUAUUUCAUUUAAUUUAAUUUGUGUGUCUUUCCCAGUUUUACAUUUUCUGUUAUUUUUAUGUUUGAGCUUCUCUGAGCAAAAUUGAUUUUGAGUGCAAAGCUCCUAAAAAUUUACUGUAGAAUUAAUAGGAUUUUACUGGAAAAAUAGUUUAGAUAUUCUGUUGCUUCUACUCUAUUUUACAAGCAAGUAUAGCCGACAUCAGUCACAGCACAACCACUGACUUUAUCG